AUGGGUUCCUUGGGGUGGGAGCCUCCUUUGAAAGUCAUCAUCGUCGGGGCAGGAUUAGGAGGAUGUGCCACCGCUCUGGCCAUGCACCACGCUGGCUUUGAGGUGGUCAUGUUCGAGAAGGUCAGAGAGUUCCAACGACUGGGAGACUCGCUGGGACUGGGCGAGAAUGCGUUCAAGCUGCUCGACCGGUGGUCGCCGUUCCUGCGCGACCGUCUGAUCGAGAUCGGGAACAAGUCGGAAUUCAUGCAGAUCCGUCGCUGGCACGACGGCAAACUGCUCGCUCAGCAGCCUCUGAUGGACAUGGCCGGAUACAUUGGCCAUCGGGGAGACUACCAUCGAGGCUUCUUGGACGCUGUGGCAGAGAAAGGGAUUCCCCUGCACAUGGGCAGCGAGGUGGUUGAAUACGACGACAUAACACCGUCGGUGACGCUGAAGAACGGGGAGCGGCAUUUCGCAGACGUCAUCAUCGCCGUCGACGGAAUCAAAUCGCGCGCCCGCGAACUGGUGCUCGGGUUCGACGACAAGCCCAAGUCGUCCGGGUACGCGUGCUUCCGGGCGUUCUUCAAGGGCGACAAGCUGAAGGGGGAUCCCCUGACGGCCGAGUUCGUCGACAACGAGUGCGUCAACAUCUGGAUCGGCAAGGACAUGCACGUGGUCCAGAACACGCUCCGGGGCGGCGACGAGUUCAACUGGAUCAUCACGCACAAGGAUACCGCCGACAUCAAGGAGUCGUGGUCGCAGCCGGGCGACAUGGACGAGGUCCGCAGGCUGGUCACCACACUCGACCCGCGCAUCGCCGCCGCCAUCCGCAAGACCGACGAGUGCCUGGACUGGAAGAUCUGCUACCGCGACCCCAUCCCCACCUGGGUCAGCAAGAACCACCGCGUCGCCCUGGUCGGCGACUGUUGCCACCCGCAUCUGCCCACGAGCGCCCAGGGCGCGAGCCAGGCCACCGAGAGCGCCGCCACCCGCGUGUACGAAAAGAUCCGCUUCCCGCGCGUGCGCCGCGCCCAGACAAACGGCGAAGACCUCCGCGACCGAUGGCACACGGCGCUAGACCGCAUGGGCGAAGGCGACGAGAUCGACCGUGACUCGCUUUUGAUAAAGAACAACGUCCUCUACGACUACGAUGCCGAAGCGGACACGCGGAAGCGGUGGGCCGAGAUGGCCGCGUUGGUGGGCGAGGAGUUGCGGACGGGCAAGAUUUCGCCGCUGUGCUGA